UUGAAGUCCAAAACACCUGGAGGGUUGAAGUUGACCCACCCUGCCAUAAAGUCAUUCUGGAGGACUUGGAGAUUCGUAACCAAAUCUGUAAAAAUCAAAACUGCAAAUUUAGAGGGAUGUCUACUGUCCAGAGAACCUCACACCCCUGUAUAAAUCACACCUGCCUGAGAAGUGUUCACUACAAAUGCUACUGCAUGUUGGGCUUAUCCCUUAUCUGAAAUGCUUGCAGCCAGAGGUGUUUUGAAGCUCGGAUUUUGGAAUACCUAUAUUCUGCAUAUACAUCUCACGGAGAUGGUACCCAGGUCUGAACACAAAAUGUGUGCCUGUUUCAUGUAUGUGGCUUACAGGUUGUUUUAGGCAUAGUGUUUUAAAAUAAUUUUGUACGUGUGAAACAGUUUGUGCAUCUCGGCCACCAGAAAGUAAAGGUGUCUGUAUUGUUCAUCUACACCAGGCAUGGGCCAAUUUUGGCCCUUCGGGUGUUUUGGACUCCCAACUCCCACAAUUCCUUACAGCCGGUGUGUUAGAAAUUGUGGGAGUUGUGGUCCAAAACACCCGGAGAAGCACAAAUUAGGUAUAAAAAUUAGGCAGGAAAAAUGAAAUGCAAAGAUACAGAUUAGAGGAUGCCUGGCUUGACAGCAGUAUUUGUGAAAAAGAUCUUGCAGUCCUUGUGGACAUAAAAUAACAAUGUAAUAAUAAUGUAACAAUAAUGACAUUAAAUAAUGACCCAGGCUCCAUCAGAGUACUGCCCCCAUUACAGAGUUUUGUUAUCAAGAAAACACUCUUAGAAGAAGCCAAGGAAGCCUUGACAAUCAAUGUAUGAUAGAUUCAAGUAAAACAUUUAUGUCAUUUACUGUUUCUAUAUGUAUGUUCGGCAUUGAAUUUUUUGCUAAUUUGAUCUAUUGUACAUCACUCUGAGUCCCCCCAGGGUGAAAAGAGCGGUAUAGAAAUGCAAUAAAUAAAUUAACAAAUAAAUAAGACGUGACAACUAAAAAAGCCAACAAGAUUUUGGCCUGCAUAAACUGGAGUAUAGUGUCUCGGUCCAAGGAAGCCAUGUUACUCCUCUAUUCUGCCUUGGUCAGACCACACCUGGAAUACUGUGUCCAAUUCUGGACACCACAAUUGAAGGGAGAUGUUGACAAGCUGGAAUGUGUCCAUAGGAGGGUGACUAAAAUGAUCAACAGUCAGGGGGAACAAGCCCUAUGAGGAGCGGCUUAAAGAUCUGGGCAUGUUUAGCCUGCAGAAGAGAAGGCUGAGAGGAGACAUGAUGACCAUGUAUAAAAAUAUGUGAGGGGAAAUCAUAGGGAGGAGGAAGCAGGCUUGUUUUCUGCUGCCUUGGAGACUAGGACGCAGAAUAAUGGCUUCAAACUACUGGAAAGAAGAUUCCACCUGAACAUUAGGAAGAGCUUCCUAACUCUGAGAGCUGUUCGGCAGUGGAAUUCUCUGCCCUGGAGUGUGGUGGAGGCUCCUUCUUUGAAGGCUUUUAAACAGGCUAGAUGGCCAUUUGUUGGGGGUGCUUUGAAUGCGAUUUUCCUUCUUCUUGGCAGGGGAUUGGACUAGAUGGCCUACGAGGACUCUUCCAACUCUAUGAAUCCAUGAAAUGAAAAUAUUGAAAAAAAUUACCAGUAUAUAAAUUUAUACUGUAUUAAAACUUAGUUUGAAAAGUUCCUCCUGAAUUGAUACAGAAUUCAGAUAGAAUUUUUUACAUAGCACUCUAUAGUGUGCUGGAAAAGGGAAUACUAGAAGUGAAUGCAGUCAGUCCUCUACAUUUGCUAGGUUUAGGGUCUCAGGCGCACUUCAAAAAUGAACAACCUGCAAAUAAUAUUACUUUUUUAACCUGAGGGGGCAUCUCUUUAGGAAUAUCUAGCUUUUCCAGCAUGACUCUGUGGUCCAGAUCUAGGUUCUCCAGUUCAUACUGGAGGACCUAGAGAUUCCAAGAAUGGUGUUCUCUAGGGAUUUCCUGGUCUUCCAGCAUGACUGUGGUCAACUUCUGGCAUAAUCUGACCAUAAGGUUGCACUGGAGGACCCCGAAGUUCCCAGAAAGAACAUUUUAAUCAAAUAUGUGAAGUCAAAUCUGUAAACGUGGAGAGCCAACUGUAGUACUGUAUGAAUUUAUGUUAAUAAGUGGGAAAACAUUGUCUUUGGCAUUUAAGAAUUGCAAAUUAUUGAGAAACAUGAUUUUAGAAGCUGUAUUAAUGGCUUUGUGUACAUGGUUCCUCACAGCUCUUUACAUUGUCACAGAAGCACAAAGCCUGAAGAGAUGUAGAAAAACAGUAAAGUGAAUGUCAGUUUUGAAAUUGUUUCCAAAUCAGAUUUGGCCUUAAUGUAUUGCUAGUUAUUGCCAUUUGGAAAAGAGGACAAAUGAUCUAGUAUUCAAGAGUCUUUUAGAGCUCAGAAUCAUUUAAAAAAAAAAAACCUUGGUAACUCCCCAGUGCUUGCUGACUAAUAACCUACAUCACUGCCUUGUUGAAAUGUACACAAAGGAGCACUCUGCACAUUAAAGUGCUCUCUUGUGAAUGGCAGUCACUGGUUAUGUUUUUCUCCAUUUUCUAGGAUCCACUUCUGGAGUACAGCACGAUCCACUCCAGAGAAAAGGUGAAUAUUUUCUAGCCGUGAAUGGUUGAAUCAAGAUGCAGAAUCCAUGAAUACCGAGGGCUGACUAUAGUGUGUUUUGGUAGUGAUUCUAAAGGUGUGCCUUGAAAACAGUCUCUCGCCCUUUGACUGGCAGACAUAUUUAGUCUGGAAGGAAAACAUCUAUCAAAUGGACAGUAUGUCUAUUACCAACACACCAACAAGUAAUGAUGCUUGCCUGAGCAUUGUUCACAGUUUGAUGUGCCAUCGACAAGGAGGAGAAAGUGAAACAUUUGCAAAGCGAGCCAUUGAAAGUUUGGUAAAAAAACUUAAGGAGAAGAAAGAUGAAUUGGAUUCUUUGAUUACGGCUAUAACUACAAAUGGUGCUCAUCCUAGCAAAUGUGUUACAAUUCAGAGAACAUUGGAUGGAAGGCUUCAGGUGGCUGGUCGUAAAGGUUUUCCUCAUGUAAUUUACGCACGGUUAUGGAGGUGGCCUGAUCUUCACAAAAAUGAGCUCAAACAUGUCAAAUACUGCCAGUAUGCUUUUGACCUGAAAUGUGACAGUGUCUGUGUAAAUCCAUAUCAUUAUGAGCGUGUUGUAUCACCUGGCAUUGAUCUUUCAGGGUUGACACUGCAAAGUUCUGCACCUUCAAGCAUGUUGGUAAAAGAUGAGUAUGUUCAUGAAUUUGAAGCGCAGCCAUCACUCUCAACUGCUGAAGCCCAUUCGGUUCAGACUAUCCAGCAUCCACCAAGUAACAGGGCAUCUACUGAAACUUACAACACCCCAGCCAUGUUGGCUCCUUCUGAGUCUAGUACUACCAGCACUACCAACUUUCCCAACAUUCCUGUUGCUUCCACAAGUCAGCCCACCAGUAUGUUGCCAGGUAGCCACACUGAUGGACUCUUACAGAUUGCUUCAGGACCUCAGCCGGGAACACAGCAGAACGGUUUUGCAGCUCAGCCAGCUACUUACCACCACAAUAGUACAACAACUUGGACUGGUAGUCGAACUGCAGCUUACACACCUACCAUCCCUCACCAUCAGAACGGACAUCUUCAGCAUCACCCACCUAUGCCCCAUCCUGGACAUUACUGGCCAGUUCAUAAUGAACUUGCAUUCCAGCCUCCUAUAUCAAAUCACCCUGCUCCAGAGUACUGGUGCUCAAUUGCCUAUUUUGAGAUGGAUGUGCAAGUUGGUGAAACAUUCAAAGUCCCUUCAAGCUGUCCGAUUGUUACUGUGGAUGGAUAUGUGGACCCUUCAGGAGGGGACCGCUUUUGUCUUGGUCAGCUGUCCAAUGUUCACAGAACAGAAGCCAUUGAAAGAGCAAGGUUACAUAUAGGCAAAGGUGUCCAGCUAGAAUGUAAAGGCGAAGGUGAUGUGUGGGUUCGGUGCCUCAGUGAUCAUGCAGUCUUUGUUCAGAGUUAUUACUUGGAUCGAGAGGCAGGACGUGCACCGGGUGAUGCGGUUCACAAGAUUUACCCAAGUGCAUACAUUAAGGUGUUCGAUUUACGUCAAUGUCACCGUCAGAUGCAACAGCAGGCUGCUACAGCGCAGGCUGCAGCUGCUGCUCAAGCGGCUGCAGUAGCGGGAAACAUCCCUGGGCCAGGAUCUGUUGGAGGAAUUGCUCCAGCUAUCAGUUUGUCAGCAGCUGCUGGGAUUGGUGUGGAUGACCUCCGCCGCUUGUGCAUCCUGAGAAUGAGCUUUGUCAAAGGCUGGGGCCCCGAUUAUCCGCGGCAGAGCAUUAAAGAGACGCCAUGUUGGAUUGAGAUCCACCUGCACCGGGCUCUCCAGCUCCUGGAUGAAGUGCUCCAUACCAUGCCGAUUGCCGACCCCCAGCCGCUAGACUGAGACCCCGUUGCAGCUCUUAGCUCUUCUAGAGUGAGGAUGGUGGAGUGUAAAAUACCAUUUUGUUUAUUACUGGAAGAUAUAUUUUACUUCCAUUCUGCUUAAUCUCUUAACCAGGUUUUAAAGAGAAAAUGUCUUUGCCACCUUGCUCUCAGCAGAAAGAAUAUGAAUGAGUUCCCUAUCUCCAGAUUUUGCUUCUGAGGUUGUGGGAGGCUGGCGUCAACCAGCCAUCUUUUUAUCGUAAUCCUGGUGCGAUCACUACUUUAUGCCUAGGGAAUCUCACUUGGCUCAAUGGAGCCUCCUCCUCCUACUGCCACUUUAAACAAUCCUAUGCAUUUCAGGGAGCCCAGAAAUGGGGCUCCGCUUAUGCAGUUCUUUAAGCUGCCCUUGAAUCCACCCCAAAUGAGCAAAAUCAUGUUGAUUAUUCUAAAGGGAGGAUUUUAGUGCUCUGCAUUACUAUGGCACUGGAGCAUCUCUCAUAGGGAGACUCCUGCAUGUAAAAUAUUUAUGUACACAUAUUCUUUUAAAAUACACUAAAAGGAGAUGGGCUUCAAAGCUGGCACUAAAUUCAAGUGCACCAUGAAAUAUUCAACACGGAGAAUUGCCAGCGAAAUUAUAUAACAAAUGUCUAAUGGCAGGAACAUAUUUUCAUCACUAUUCCCAACUGAUUUUUAACUACAGCAAAGAGCUUGUUAAAUGUUUGCAGUUGAGAUAGCAUGGAUCUGUGUUUUACUGAACUUGGAGUGCCAUCUUUAAACUUCAUAAUCACGUUUAUGGUUGCGUCACUGAGAACCCAGAUUUCUUUUUUAAUCUUUUGACAUUUCUACUCAGGGCAAGAUGGCAAACUUGUUUUUAUACCUCUUGGUUAUUUUAAGCUCUUUAUUCCAUCAACAAUCUAUCUAUUUGCAUUGACUUUGUAUAGAGAAUUUCAAGUAGAAGUUGGAAAUGUAUUGGCUGUAUGACAGAUGCAAUAUUAUGCUUUCUCUAGUUAAUAAAAAUAUUGGAAAAAUUCUCCAAACUCUGUGAGAUACUUAAAUAUUUCGGUUUUGUUAAGUAUUUUUCUACACUUUGAACAUAUCUUAUUUUAUUGGACAGUUUGCUCCAGAGCUUGGAAAAAGUACUUUUGGGGGGCUAUUAGUUCCAGAGUUUCCCAACUAACAGAGCCAAUGGCUGUGUUGGCUGGUGGGUUCCGGGGGGUUGUAGUCAAAACCACGUUUCAAACUUCAGUUGUUUACUUAAAGUAGUGCAGUAAACAAGGGGUUUGCUGACAUGUUCUGUGUACCAGUAAUGUUGUCUUUCUUUCACUGUUUGUGGUGCCAAAACAUAAAUAUAGCCAGGAGGCUGGGAUGAAUCCCUUAUCCUCCACAAAGUAUCUGAUAUCCCAACUUCCUGCCUGUACUUACCUCUCCUUCCUUUCUGUCUAGUUAACUUAGAAUCAUAGAAUUGGAAGAGACCACAAGGGCUGUCCAAUCCAACCCCAUUCUGCCAUGCAGGAACACACAAUUAAAGCACUCUUGGCAGAUGACCAUCCAGCCUCCAGAGAAGGAGACUCUACCAUACUCUUAGGCAGCAUAUUCUAUUUUCGAACAGCUCUUACCAUUAGAAAGUUCUUCCUAAUGUUUAGGCAGAAUCUCUUUUUCUGUAGUUUGAAUCCAUUCUAAAGGGAGGACUUGAGAAACACAAUUAUUCAAAGCCUUCCCGCCAACUAAAACUUUACCCCUGAGUAAACAGGCAACAUCAUUCUUAAAAUGUGAGUUAUUCUUGCCCUCAUUAAAUGGUAGGUGGGCUUCCAUCUUCCAUUGGUAGAGGCAUUCCCCUCUCUUUGCAGGGGAAGGGAUUCCUUUUCAAGAGGGUGCCUGCUGUAAUAAAUAUGCAACUCUCUUCAAAUUUUCACCUUUCCUAUGCAAAUAUAUGCAUUCUAUUGAACGCUCAGUUAAAGCCAAUCCAUGUGAUUGAGGAAAGCUUUGUUUAAUUAGCUGGCAACCCUAAUGGAAAAUGUAUGUACCUGUGUUCAUUUUUCUUAAUGUAAAUCCUUCCUGUCUGCAGUUGCCGUUAGUACAAAGUAUGGCUACGUGUAUCCCCAAGAGAGAUUCCUUGCCCUUGUUGCAGUUCUGUUCUGAAUUUAUGGUGCUGGAGAUUAAACAGAAUGGUUAAUCUUGCAUCAAAUUAUUUCAUCACAGUUCUGAUGACUAUGUUGAGGUGCAAGUAAGGCAUCCUGUAGGACCCCAAGCUGCUAUGGAGUCUCUUCAGAGCACAGUUAAAUAGGAAAAGACUCUUUGAAUGGUAAAGCAGUUGAACAGGUUCUCUGAAUUUAGAUUAACCUCAGAGGUGUCAUGUGCCAGUCACUAGCUUCCAUGAGUUCCAGUUUCUGCUUUCAUGCCACUUUGUGGUCCCAGCAGCUGUGGUCUUGCGCUUCAGGGGUGGUCAGCGGUCCAAGGGUACUUCCAGUCCCAGCUUCUUGUCUUAAACCAGACUUCUCCAAUCUGGCACGCUUUAGUUCUGUUGGACUGCCAUCUCCCAUCAUCCUCAACUGGUGGCCAUGCUGACUGAAAACAAUAGCAGAUGAAGCCCAGCACAUCUGGAGAGCAUCAGAUUGGAGACAGCUGGCUUAACCAAAUGUUUCCCUGCUUUAGGAAUUGCCUGCAUGCCGUUAUAAAAAUGCAGCCUUGUUUCAAAAAAGGUUGAAUGCUUCUCUGCUGUACAAGUUACGGGAAUGAAGCAAAUUUGCAUACUUGCCUAUUCUGCAUAAUCGGUCUAGCUGUUAGUCUGGGCAUGUUGAAAACCCUGCCUAGGACCUCUCCCUCUUCACUUGCCUUGCUGUCUUUGCUCAGCAUUUUGGACAAUAAAACUCUCCUUAAAAAUCAAAUGCUGGGAUUCUCAUCAAGUGCAGUCAGGUUCACAAGAUUGUCAGUGUGUCUGCAGAUAUGCAAUUGUGAUGUACUCAGAGCCACACUCCUCCCAAGCUGUGAAACCUUUCAGAAGUAGGCCUUCUUUGUUUUAGCUCUAAGGAGGGGGGGGGGGGGCUGUUUUUAUUUGGUUUACCAAAGUUCUCCAGAGCUUAUGUUGUUUGCAUUUCAAAGUAAAAUAAAGGAAUAGAUAUCCUGA